AUGUUCCAGCCCAACCACCACCAGGACCCACAGCCACAGCCACUGUCAGUUAUGGAUGUGGAUCAGAGUGAGAUGAGUAUAGUUCAAUGGGAUGGGACACAAAAUGGGGGAUUUUCACAAGCUCAGUCCAUGAUGCUUAACUCUAAGAAACUUCAAGAUGAUCUACAAAACUUGGGGCUAAAAAUCAAGCAGCAUGAAAACAACUUAAAACUUCUGAAGAAUCAAAAGAACAAACUAGAUGACUCUAUUCUUGAUACACAAGUCACUCUUAGCAAGUAUCAUUCUUCUGCUGCAACGGGAACUGAAAAUGAAGAGCGUACCUCCCAGAGUGAAGAGGAAACAAUUAAACAAAUUCUACAGUAUGGGCCUUCUGCUGCCAGCAUUUGGUGCCAGUUGAGAGCAAAUCACACAUCAUAUGCCUCAUAUCCUACAUUGACCAAAGAUGUGAUUGGAAUUGUCGCUACACUUGGUCGAGUAGAUGAUGAUAAUCUUAGCAGGAUGCUGUCUCAGUUUCUAGGGGUAGACACUAUGUUAGCAAUUGUGUGUAAGUCCUAUGAAGGUGUGAAAGCUCUGGAGACAUAUGACAGGGAAGGCCACAUUAAUAAGGAGUCUGGUAUUCAUGGUGUGGGUGCUUCGUUUGGGACAGCUUUGAAUGGUUCAUUUUCCGUCAUUUGUCUUGAAGAUUUGAGGCCUUACUGUGGUGAAUUUGUUCUGGAUGACCCCCAAAGGAGGUUGGAUCUUCUGAAGCCAAAGUUGUCAACUGGGGAGAGUCCUCCUGGAUUUCUUGGGUUUGCUGUGAAUAUGAUAAACGUGGAAUACAUGAACUUGUUUUUCCUCACAUCUAGUGGACAUGGGCUCAGGGAGACUCUGUUAUAUAAUAUCUUCUCUCGGUUGCAAGUUUAUAAAACAAGGGAAGAUAUGUUACUUGCUCGUCCUUGUAUAAGUGAUGGAGCCAUUUCCCUGGAUGGAGGGAUGAUCAGGCAUCCAGGUAUCUUUUCCCUAGGCAGCUGGAAGGAGAUGAAUAUAAGGUUCCCAAGAUCGUCGGCGUCAAGUGCUUCUAGUAAGUAUAGUGAAACAGAGAAGCAACUCAUGGAGAUGCGAUGGAAGAAAGAGAAAAUGGAAGAGGAUAUGAAGAGGGAACAAGCUUUACUGGAUGCUGCGAGGCACCAGUUCCAAAGGAAGAAGGAAGAGUUUGUCAAAUUCCUUGCUGAAAGCUCAUCAUAUGCAGCUCAGCAACCGCAUAUGCAUCCAAUGCAGCAGCAGCAACAGCAACAGCAACAGCCCAUGCAUCCGAUGCAGCAGAAUCACUUCAUGAACAGAUGA